AUGGUCACCCUUCGCAGUCAGCGGACCUUUCUUGGUCUUCAUUCCGGCUCUCCAAUGCUUCGACCCGGCCACCGUCCGCUGCCGGGCCAUCGAGCAUCUUCCCCUGCCUUCAGUGACGCCUAUCCGUACAGAGGCGGCCCGAGACACGGUUACCCAAGAGUUGGCAGUGUCGAUACGGUGGCAUCGUCUCCUGCCUUGACGUAUCAUCGGCGCCCUGGCUUACCUGGAUACCGUCCCGAGCUAAACAACUCUUUCUCCUCGUCCAUUCGCUUGCCGUCUCCCGCCGUCUCGUUCGUCAAUGGUCUCCCUGGCAAUGGGUAUCCGACCCAAAGAACAACUACUCCCAUGUCGACUUCUCUACAAAGUCUUCGCCCCGCUUGGAAUCACAGUGCAGCCUCGUUUAGAGGCCUCACCAAGUCGCCCACAGAGUCAACAGCACCUCCCUAUUAUGACUACUCAGAGUCAUUCCUAGAAGAGGACUGCUUCUCGUCGCCAGACGAUCCUUCUGCAGCGAAUCUGCCCUUCAACAUGGACCAGACAAUCAUGGAGGACGAUGAUAUCCCCGAACGCCGACAGGCGCAGUCACCCUUUGGCACUAUGCCUGGUUCAGCCUUUCGGCCCUUGGAAUUGCCGACCUCGCACAAUCGCCGUCCCAGUGAGAACUCGAAGCAUUCGAAGUACAGCUACACAGGUGUUAUUCCGCCUCGGCAGUCGAGCCUUGGAGCGACCACGGGUCACAAGAGAGGUACAUCACGCACACCCGCAAGCCAAGAGGUUAUCACCAGGUCUGCCACUACUGACCAAGUGGCACGAUCCAAGUAUGAGAAUCCACAAGCAUCUACCGCUUCCCGUCGAGCAUCGCAUUCGACCCACUCAAGUGCAUUUUUCCCCAAUGCUUGCCGGAGCCCGCGAGACCUCACGACUCUUGCUGCUCGAGUCCAUUCACCGGUGUUCGAUGAGAAGCCUUCAAUCUCGGGAUUGUUGGAGUACGGAAAUCCAAAGCGUGACUCCGGCAGGAGAAAAGCUUUCAGCGAUGGCCAGCAAAUUCGAGCUCAAUGGCAGCUUCCGUCUUUCAGUUUUCGACCGCUCUCUUUCGGGACAUACUCACCUGGGCUCAAAGAAAGGCCAAAGACGUCCGGUGAUGUCCGUUCCAAAGACGGCCCCGACAUUCUAUCCCCCAUGCCUGAGCGGCCCAUGUCAUCGCAAAGCCGAAAGCGCUUUAGUCGCAUCCUGGAAAUCUCUGACAGCUACGUGACGGACCAAGGCAAGCCUCCUUAUACUCCUCAAACAUCUUCGAGGCUUGAUGCAGUCGAAGAGCACCCGGACUUGCAAAGCCUCGAAAGGUCCUUGUCCUCGCCCUCAGAAUUUGAGUCAAGACUUAACGCGGUCAAUCAGGAGCGCCGAGAGCAAGAGCAUGCUGCGGAGCAUGCCUCUCCAAGCGCGAACGCAGAUACGAGUCAGAUCACCAUGCAGGAAAGGUCAACUAUUGAGUCUCUCCUUGACAGGCACAUCGAAUGCUUGGGUCUCAACGAAAGUGGCGACGACGUUGAAGAAGGCCCUUUCGAAGGCGCCGACGCCCUCGCGCAUUCGGAUCCUGCUCCCAAAAGUAGCGGAGAGAGCACAAUCAAGCCAAGUCCCGUCGUCCAGCAGGCUCUACCACAGUGGAACUUCAGACCAACGACAUCGAGCUCAACGAUCCAGCAUUCCAGUCUGGCGAGUUCGGAACGACGUCGCCUCAUACCUCGACGGCUGUUCGCCAGUAUGGACGCCAGAUUGCCACCAGGAGCGGUGCUCGCAGACAUCCAGGGCCCCUGCACGUCCAAUCCUACGUCUACCAUUUCCGACCUUCAGCCGCGCCUUUCAGGCUGGCAGACACUUCCUUCCACCAGUGGACUGGUGACCUCCGAUUCUGCCAGAUCUACGGCAAAAGCUUCGUUGGCUUCAGGUGACAUAGCGGACAUUGAUUCGGAUCCUCCAAAUGCAAGAUUUAAGAUCCGAAGAGUGUCGGAACUUAGUCUGAGUCCCGAGACAGUAAGCAGUCCGCGCAACGGCCGAGCAUCACAACCUCACCGGCGUUCGAAGAGUGACAUGCUUGCCAGACAGAUGUCACACCGGCGCCGGCGGGCUCGGAUAUUGAUAAAGGCCAAAAGAAAGUCGCAAAGUCUGGGACAGCUCGCCAACCUGGCUCAGGAGGAUCAGGUUGAUGGGUUGAUGGAAGAUGUCGGACACUCAGAAGACUGGGUCACGGAAGACUCUCCUGAGAAAAACAGCCAGACUUCGCCCGUCGCUGGGUAUGCAGAACUGAGCGCAGACUCUGUCGCGGUACAACCCCCGACCAUACUCUCCGCGGAAGCGAGCGUCCUCGUUCCAAUUUCUGCGCCUCGGAGAUGGACCAGCAUGCUAGCUGCAAUGCCCAAUCCUGUGAAGAAGAGCAUAGAGAUUGUGCGAAAGGCUUCUGUGCGCACCAUUCAGUCACAGCGAAGUAAUACCAGUGUGAUUGAGCCAGUCAACAGCACGCGAUUCAGUGCCCAGAUCUCGCGGUUGGGCUCGGUUCCUCAACUCGCACCUCCAGAAUUCGGCCCUCCGCUCACAUCAUCGGACCUGAACCUUAGUCUUCGAUUUCCAGGUCCGCCACAAGUGUAUCGGCCACCCUUGCGCCAAGUGCAGAGUUUCUUUUCUGACGACAGCUCGGCGGCGCUCGCUCACAAGCGACCAAGUACUCUCAAGAAACGGUUUGACCUUCCCAGCUUUCGUAGCGGUUUCACCAAGUCCACCGGGCUGAUCGGGACUCGGCAUAGUUCCACUCCAAGAGGGACGAAUACUCUCCAAACAAGUGCUUCGUACCGAGUGCGUGACCGAGAAUCAGUUGAGUACCGGCAUGAAGCAUUCGGAGACACCGUACCCAUGUCGGAUUUUGCAUACAAGAAGCGCAAAGUCCUUGGCAGGCUGAAGGAAUGGUGGAAACGGCAGUGCAUGCAAAAGACCUUGGACCUGGUCAGAAAGAAGAGCGGUCGAAAUAUGCAGCACGCAGCUUGGGCAUAG